GUGAGAUCUUGAAAAUAUAGCAUGUGCGUGUUAGACAGUGAGACAUUUUGCAAUAAAUAAUUAAUUAAAAUUACAAUUAACUAAAUACUAUUAAUUAAUUAAUUGCAGUCAAGUUAUAAAAGAAAAUUUCCUAUACAAUGAAUGUUACUUUGGUUGAUGGUGAUGAUUUGGAUUUAAAAAAUCUACUUGAUGAAUGGAAUUUAAUACAUCAUUAUGAUUAUUUUAUAGAACAAAAGAUAGAUUUAUAUGUAUUGGCAAUUUUGAAGCCCAUACAUGUAGAAAAAUUAUUUCAUAAUCUGCCCAUAGGCGAUCAAGCUCGAUUUGAACAUAAACUAGAGCAAUGGAAACAAAAUAGGUUACUUAGUUAUAAAUCACAUGAUCACAUGGUUACCCACAAAACCAUAAACACUAAAGAAAUUAAAGAUAAACCAAAUAAUUUACAAAGGCCCGAAGAAAAGGAAUUCAGAACUACCGCUGUUAUAGUGCCACAAUUAUCAGUGGCACCCUCAAUUCAAUUAUCUUCAACUGUACGUAGAAGUUUGGAUCAUAACAAACCAACAUGCUCACAUGUUUCAUCUCCCGCUGCCUACCUUAACAAGUCAAGUCCAGCUUCACCCAUGACGCCGGCCAUGACCAAGCAACCGGGCAUGGCUCUUAUGCCAGUACGCUAUAAUUUGCGCACUAUUUUGGAGGAUACCAGUGGUGGCCAAAUGAUUAUGACUUAUUAUGAAAAACAUAAAAUUCUGCGUGAAGAACAUCGUACAGCAUUGAUAAAUGUAAUUGGUCGUUAUAUAGAUGCCAAUGGGGGAAUUUUAUCGUUGUCGGAAAGUAAUCAACUGGAAAGGCAAAUUGUAGAGCUGUUUCCCACGGAAAAAGAGGAAUUUUAUCGUACCAACAAACGUGGCCGUAUCUACAAUAAAGUGGCAAAUAUGAAAAGAGUUUACAAGAAAUUUACCAUGCCACCAGAAGAGCUAUCAGGACCCUCAAUGGAAAAUUCGUCGACUUCUGCACCCUCUUCACCAAUAGAAAUUAUAAAAGAGGAGGACAAUGAUGAAUACGAUGACUAUUCCAUAGGCGAAUUUCGCUCUAUAAGCCAUACUCCUGAAAAGUAUUUGGAAUUUUGGAAAAAUUCACAAAAAAUGCGUUUAAGACAUAUAGAAAACAUCGAAUCCUUGUCUCAAAUAUUGGAAAAAUGGCCAGAAUAUAAACAACAUAAUGCAGUGACAUAUAUCAAUAUGGAUUUCAAAGCCAAAUAUCCCGACUCUAGUUCUUUCAUAGAAAUAUUUCACCAGAAUAAAGGAAAACUAGAGAAGCUGUUAUACAGCAAAGUGUCUGUAUGUUCCGCCGGCUAUAAAUAUCUACAGCAGUACCAAAAAUGUUCAUCAGAGUCCCAAAACCUUCUCAUACUAUGGAUGAUUCAUCAACUGUUCCCUCCCAAUCAAAAGGUGGUGGUUGAUGAAAUGGGCAAUAAACGUAAAAAACGCUAUUCCAUACAAUCUUCCCAAAAUGCAUUUAUAUGUAUACGCGGCUCUUUAAGUUCCUUAGAGACAGCUUUAGAUACCCAACUCAGCUCAGGCACACCACCCAUGGUUCUGAUAGUGGGCGAAUUGGCUGGUGAAAUUGAUCAAAUAUUUGUUUAUUUCGAAGGUGUUCGCUUUCCCAUGGAUUCUGUUGUUUCGGCUGCGCAAUUGGUGUGUGAAUUAUUUUUCCUCUUCGAUUUGGAUUAUCCGGAAGAGGCGGUGCUGUUUUAUUAUUUUGUACAGACUUUCUUUUUGAACAUAGAAUCGGAAAUGAAAAAUACCAAAAUUUAUACAGUUAUUAAUGAAAUUAAUGCUGGUUGGAAUUAGAAAUAAAAUUAAACUGAAAAAACUUUA